AGUGCUGAAAAAGCAAACAGAUAAGCACAAACAAAACAAUCUUCUAACUUUUUUUUGGUAAAAAAUCUUCUAACUUAAUCCUCUGUCUUGUUUCGCAAGUGUUCCCUAUAAUGGCGAAAGAGAAAAACGAGACUCCAACGGUGAAGAAGACUCCUAUGGCGUCAAAAGAGAAACCAAAGAAGCUUAAAAAACCCAAAACCACCACUCAUCCUCCAUAUUUCCAGAUGAUAAAAGAGGCUUUGAUGAAUCUGAAAGAGAAGAACGGGUCAAGCCCUUACGCUAUAGCAAAGCAGAUAGAGGAGAAAUACAAACCUCUACUCCCUGAGAAUUUCCGUAAAACACUUUCUCUGCAGCUUAAAAACUCUGUCGCUAAAGGUAAGCUCGUGAAGAUCAGAGCCUCGUACAAGCUCUCAGAGACCACCACGAGGACAACGAGGCAGCAGCAAAAGAAGAAGAUGGAGACUCGGUCGAAGAAGACUGUGAGCAAGCCAGAAAUGGUGACGACGAAAAAGAAGAGGAAAGCAAAGAAGCCAAGACAGCUUAAGUCGAUCAAGUCUCCAGGGUCUAAGAAGGUCUUGAGAGCUUCCGCUUCUUGAUCAACAAGAAAGAAGAAGAAGAAGAGUGUGUGUGUGUGUGUAUAUGAAGAAUAAGGGUUUUCUCUCUGUAAAAUAGUUGACUCUGUUUUUCUUUUUUGGUUUCGGUGUGUCUCCUUCUUUAGGGCUUGUCAGGGUAAGGAGUCUAGGUAUGUAUAUAAACUACGUACUUGUCAAUGUAAUAUAUGCAAUAAUUUGUGGUUGUA